AUGCUGGGGCUACAGAAAAGAGUCUUCACCUCUGUCGUGCUGGGAGCUCUGGUGUCUGCCUGGAUCUUCUCAGGCACCUGGGCCUUUGCUCUAGUUUGCGGGGUGGCUGGUUCAAGGGCCCUGCUGGAGUACUACGGCAUGGCAGAGCGGGCCAGCAACGAGUGUAAGCCAGCCAAGAAGUGCGGGACUGUCGUUCUAUGGAGCAUGUACAUGACAGCAUGCGGGACUGCCUACGGCCUCCCGUUCGCCUACACGGACUGUGUGCUCCCGGUGGCGUACAUACUGAUCGUUGGCUACCUCCUGACAUUGAAGAGGUCGGAGAAGACGACAAUUUCCUCAGUGCAGACUACAUUCAUGGGCAUAUUCUACGUCGGAUACCUGGCCUCCUUCUGGGUUCGACUGCGGGCCCUCGGCGUGAUCCCGUCGGAGGAAGUGAGCCGGGUCAUGGCAGUCCCCAUGAUGCACGAGACCAUGCAAUGGAUUUCCUUCCUCGGGCUCGGAUCCGCUGACAUCUUCACCCAAGGCGCCGUCGUCACCUGGUGGACCAUGAUAUCCAUCGCGGCCUCCGAUGUCGGAGCUUACUUUGCGGGGAAGAACUUUGGAAAGACGAAGCUGAGUGACUGGACUGGAAUAUCGGUCAGCCCCAACAAGACGAUGGAGGGAUUCUUCGGAGGGGUCGCCCUCUGCUCGAUCUUUGCGACCACUGGAGCUCGUCUCAUGGGAUGGCCCCUGUGGAUAACCGGCCCAUUCUACGGCUUCAUGAUCUCUGCUCUGGGCCUGCUGGGAGAUUUGACAGUCUCGCUUUUCAAGAGGGAUGCUGGAGUCAAGGACACUGGAAAUCUUCUUCCUGGACAUGGAGGAAUCCUUGACCGCAUUGACAGCUACAUGCUGACAGCUGCCCCUGUCUACUACUUUGUCAAGGUAGGAAACUUUGACUAG